CUCUCCGAAAAAAAUUGCUGAAAUCAUUCAUUUAAAUUCAGUAGUAAAUUCCGCCAAACCAAAGCCCUAGCUCUCUCGUUCCCAUCUUGAAAGAGAAACAUGAGAGAUAAAUACAUGUAAUUCAUGUAUAUACACCCACAGAAAAGAAGCUGUGAUCUGUAAAUAUACAUAUACACACACACACAUAUAUAUAUAUAGGGAGAGAGAGGGACUGCGUAUUAAGGGGAGAGAUGGCGAUUUUGUAUGCGUUGGUGGCGAGGGGAUCGGUGGUUUUGGCGGAAUUCAGCGCGGCGUCGACGAACGCGAGCUCAAUCGCCAGGCAAAUUCUGGAGAAAGUACCUGGAACCAAUGACUCGAACGUGUCGUACUCGCAAGAUCGGUACAUCUUUCACGUGAAACGCACCGAUGGCCUCACCGUUCUCUGCAUGGCUGACGAUACCGCCGGAAUGGCUGCAAUAUCUCUUGCGAGAGAUCCAUGGUUUUGCACAACCAGAAAAAUCGAAGCAGCAACUCUCAGCUAA